CACAAAAUCCCCAAACUCCAUAACCUUCCAAGCUUCAUAUCUCCUUCAAUUCUUAGCCAAAUCAAGUGAAAUUUAAGUCUAACUUGACUAAUUUUUCACGUACUUGCUGAUUUUGCCAAGAAAUUUGCAAGAAAACGAAGUUUUCUGGUCCGAAUCACAAACCCUAUGUCCGAAAAUUUUGGGGGUUUUUGAAGCUUUUGUUUCAUUUGGGUGCUAGCAUCUUCAAACAAAGGAAAAUGGUACGAACGAAGGAAAGAGCGGGAGCUAGUUCAUCUUCUUCGUCUAAAGACAAGGGCAAACAGCCGGAAGAGCAACCAAAGAAGAGGCAAUACUUGGGAAGAGUUAGUGAGAGUGAAAGCGAGGAUGAAGAGAUGGUAGAAUUGGAUCCGGCUAACAAGCCAAAAUGGGAGUCGGGUCCGUUGGAUGAGCAACCGGAAGAAUGGCAGCCAACUCUAUACCAUGAUAGUAUGAACCGGUUGAAAAAUAAAGCAGCUGCAUUCAUCUGUGAAAGGGAGGUGAGAGAGGUUGAAUUUGGGCCAUUCAACGUGUUUGCCCAAUUCCGCGCCCUAGGAUGGGAGGCGGCUCUCAGUUGCUAUGAUAAGGAUAGCAAGAAUUUAUUCAUGGAUGAAAUUCAAGAGUGGAUGGCAAACCUCAAGUGCAAUAAAUAUGGUAGGCCAUCACAAAUGAAGUUAACGGGUGAGGUGAAUGGGAUUCCGGUAGAGAUGUCUUUCGAUACGCUAAAGAAAUUGGGGAAAUAUGAUAGUUUUCCGGCUCGUGACUACAUGAUUCUAGUCUUGAUGACCUUUUGAUAAGACCGGAGAAGCAUCCUCGUUGGAAUGAUAUGUUAGCGGCGUUGUUCUUCCCCGGUACUUAUAGUGGAGUCUUGUACCGGAAGAACUUGAAAAUUAAAGUGAAUUUGUUGUUAGCUAUUUGCAUUCUAAAUGUCAAACCGAGAAGAGGAGAUAAGGAGCAAGUGAGGUACCCGGAAGUACCCAUUAUCUAUUCGUUA